ACCAUGCUUUUUCCCUGGCAGCAAGAUGUCCAAAGUUGCCCUUCCAGUCAGAAUUACUAUCGAUGCUCGUCAGUACCGUAUGCUGGCUGUUGCGCCCACGAUCCUUGCGGCUCCGGAGUUUGCACAGACAUUGCCUCAGGGUUGGAACCCGGGUCUUGUGGAAGUCGGGAGACGGUAACUGUAACCCAGACAAUCUUGCACGGGGCAGCAACAAGCACGGUCAAUUCAACCACCGGUGCCUUCAGUUCGACAAGAGGUGAGCCAAGUACUGCUACAGGUAUCUCUAGCUCCGAGGGAUCGGCUCCUGUCACUGGUUUGCCAGUAUCAGCCGAGGGUAUCAUUCCACUCACUUCUGCCGUUGUUCCCAUAACUGCUCCUACUGUCAUCAGCGAUAUAUCGUCAAUCUCGGCAGCGACAACAAAAACGUUGAAUCUCGUCGCGGCAACUCCAAGUUCCACGUCAACCACUAGCCCAUGCCCUAAACCGGGCAGUUCCCACCCUAAAUCGACAACAGGAACGAUUGCGGGAAGUGUCAUAGGAAUCAUGGCAGGCCUAGCGCUGCUCAUCGUUCUCCUGAGCUGGUGCUUCAGACGCAAGUCAAAGGUGAAGCUCACCUUCAAACGCAAGCCGAUGGAGGCCGAGCAAGAACAGGACCGAGAAGAUGUGGAAUCCAAGCCCUCGACGAAUGUGAAUCCUCCUGACCCUCCCGAGCACAGCCAACCUCUCCCUACUCCGAUCUCAUUUGAUUUUGGACUCCCUCGUAUACCAGCUAACUCGACUGCUUCAAUGCCAAAACAAUGGAUCUGA